AUGUCAUGGGAAAUUUUGAAUCUAGUUUUUCCGUUGUUGGAAGACGUGGACCUUGGUUCAUGCAUGGCAGUAUCCAGAGAGUGGAGAGACGCAGCUCGAGAUGAUUACUUUUGGAAAUGCUUGUGCAUUAAGAGGUGGCCUUCAACUUACAAAAUGUCUAAUUUUCCGACGGGGACAUACUAUAAACUAUAUCGAAAUUCUUACCAAUGUUCCAAUAGUCGACGUCUUCUCUCUCCUCGACUUUCGUUUGAUGAUUUAGAGUUUUUUAUUGACAUUUGGAGCGAAGGCAAAUUAGUCUUCUCAAAGGUGGUUCCGGGUAAAGUCCUCCAAGAUGGUGUUAAGAACCCAACGCCUCGUACGGUUAAUGUGCUUAGUUAUCUAUUAGAAGGCCCGGGGUUCAAGAUGACUCUAGCAGUUGAGCCAGGGUUCUCAAUUCCUAUGUGUGAUACGAUCGGUGUAUCCGUGAUGGUGGGAUACAAGGAUUCUAGUAAAGUUGCUCAAAUAGUCAAUAAAUCUAUAUUCGAUUACGUCAAUCAAACAUCUUGCAGUGCAUUUUAUUUUGACUACCUUAAUUCUCCACAUCUCUACCCUCUUGCGUCCGGGAUUCGAGUAUGCAUCUCAUUUCUUUUCUUGGACAAUGGAAAUGGUGGUGUAGCUGAACUUUCUAGAAUAGUAAUGGAUUUCAGUGACGUUGCAAACACAAAGGAGGAGGUAUUAUGUUUUUUGGACUGGCUCGAUUGA